UUAGUAAUAAUCAUCCUGUUACGAUACCAAUCGAUUCAGCGUCAGUUUAGUUUUGAAUUUUGUCCAGUCGAAACCACAAUGACAUUGGCAAAUUUAAUUUUAUUUUUGGGAAUAUUAGUGUCUUGUCAGUGCUUUAGCGACAGGGAAAAUAAUUUUACAACUGAAUUUUUAUACUUUACCCAAAUUGAAACCGCUGGCCACGCGGCGGUGUCACCUUAUGGUAUUUGGAAUAUGUUGAGUCAAGUAAAAUUACUUACCGCGGGGAACACGAAGAAGCAACUGCAGCGAGCCCUCUUUUUGCCAAAGAGUUGUAUAGAGUUGAGUUAUGGUUUGAAAAACUUGAGCGAUGUUAUUCUAGGCUCUAACACCGGAAAUACUACAUUAUUUAGCCGAAAUUAUGUGGUAAUUGAUGAAAAUUUAUUGUUAAAUUAUAUAGACUUCGAAAGAGAUGUUAAUGUUCUGGGCAUGAAUAUUAUACCACUUGAUCUACAUGAACGAGACUCGGCUGUAAUAGUUGCUAAUAGAUUAAUGUAUGAUGAAGGACAGGAAGUAUCAGAAUCAUUUCAAAUACCAGAACUUAUCAAAACAGGUGAAGUUGAUCUGAAUGGGAUGACGUUAGCAAAUGUAAAUAGGUUCCAUCAAGUUUGGAGAAACAAGUUCACGAGUGUCAGAGUUGAAAAGUUUUAUAAUGAGAAAAGUCGCCCAAUCGGUAAAGUGAAUAUGAUGUUUCAAAAAGUUAAUGCUGCGUGUGCAAACAUUAAACCACUGGAAUCACAAGUAUUAGAAUUGCCGUAUGGAGACGAUGGCAAAUAUGCCAUGCUGUUGAUAAAGCCAUACCCAAAUAUAAAGGUGAACGAUGUCUUUGAGAAGAUGACAAAAUUCACGUAUGGACAAAUACAAAAUAUAUUAAAUAUACAGCCCCCUACAGUCGUUAACGUAAAACUGCCAAGAUUCAAGAUAAGCACAGAUUACGCCCUAAAUGUACCGCUUAACAAGAUGGGUGUGUUCGAUUUGUUUGAGAAGAAGUAUUCAGAGUUUUACGGUGUUUCUCAGAAUAGUUUGUUUGUUCAGACUAUCGUACAACAUGUUUCUAUGGUGGUAAAUGAAUUUGGUUUACGUACAGCUGAGGUACUGCCGGCUAGAAGGUGGGUGAAGUUCACCGCUGAUAAGCCCUUCUUGUAUUUUGUCAUUGAAAAGACUACAGAUAUAAUUGUUGUAGGCGGAGUGUAUUCGGAGCCAACAAUUUAUUAAAUUGUACCAGUUAAUAAAUGAAUUAAGAUUUU